CGCCGCCCGCUGCCCCUGGCGCUGCGGCAGCAUGCGGGGCUGCGGCGGGCGCCGCGCCCUGAUGGCCUUGCUGGCCCUGCUCCUGCCCGCUGCCGCCGCCGCCGGCCCCGGGCCCGCCGCGGCGGGAGAGAGCCCCGGCAAUUUCAUGGAGGAUGAGCAAUGGCUCUCCUCCAUCUCCCAGUACGGCGGUAGGAUCAAGCACUGGAACCGCUUCCGAGACGACGAUUACAUCAAGAGCUGGGAGGACAACCAGCCUGGGGAUGAAGCCCUGGACACCACCAAGGACCCCUGCCAGAAGGUGAAGUGCAGCCGGCACAAGGUGUGCGUGGCGCAGGGCUACCAGCGUGCCAUGUGCAUCAGCCGCAAGAAGCUGGAGCACAGGAUCAAGCUGCCGAGUACCAAGGGGCACGGGGGCUGCAAGCCCUGCCACGCCGCGCCGCUCGCUGCCGUCUGCGGCUCCGACGGCCACACCUACAGCUCGGCGUGCAAGCUGGAGCAGCAGGCGUGCCUGGCCAGCAAGCAGCUGACGGUGCGGUGCGAGGGGCAGUGCCCCUGCCCGACCCCACACAGCCCUGCCCUCGACAGCAAGCAAGGUGAGUGGCAUGGGGAGCACCGGGGGAUACCCCCGAGCCCUGCCUGGCCUGACCCUGCACCCCACUGCAUGCCAUUCCCAGAGCCGUGCACCGGGCAGGACCUGGCUGACCUGGGUGACCGCCUGCGUGACUGGUUCCAGCUCCUGCGCGAGAAUGCCAAGCAGAAUGGCUCCGGCGGCCUCCCGGCCAGCCCGACCACCGCGCUGGAGAGGAGCGUAGCAGCCAGCUGCAAGGAGGCAGUGGGGUGGAUGUUUGCCCGGCUGGACACGAGCGGGGAUCUCUUCCUGGAGGCGGCUGAGCUGGCUGCCAUCAACCUGGACAAGUACGAGGUGUGCAUCCGCGCCUUCUUCAACUCCUGCGACACCUCCAAGGACGGCCGCGUCUCUGCUCCUGAGUGGUGCUUUUGCUUCUGGAGGGAAAAGCCGCCCUGUCUGAGGGAGCUGGAGAAGAUUCAGAUCCAAGAAGCAGCUAAGAAAAAGCCGGGCACCUUCAUCCCCAGCUGUGACGAGGAUGGGUACUACCAGCGGGCACAGUGUGAGCCGGGUGGCGGUGAGUGCUGGUGUGUGGACCAGCAUGGUGUCGAGCUGACGGGCACCCGCAGCCAUGGCAGCCCUGACUGUGAGGAGGCAGCGGGGUUUUCAGGUGACUUCGGAAGCAGCGUGGGCUGGGAGGACGAGGAGGAGAAGGAGCCGGAGGAGGCGGGUGAGGAAGGCGAGGAAGAGGAGGGCGAAGCAGGCGAGGGCGAUGAUGGUGGCUACAUCUGGUAGAGAAGCAGCAGAGCCUGGCAGGCGGCACAGCCGGGUGGCAGCCCCCCAGCGAGGGGUCCCUGUGAACCCCCGCCACUGGUGUGGCGCGGGGCGGGGGUACCCCCGCGGCCCUGUGUGGGAUGGGGCACCGGGGUGCUCGCCCAGGGAGAGGGGGCGAGCGGGGCGGGGAGCUGCGCUUGUGCGAAUCUGAGCUUUUUGUCUUUGGGUAAAGCCGAGCAGGCCUAGUGCGUGCCCUGCGCCCGGGCCAGCAGCGCUAAUAAACGUGGGGAGGAAAGGAACAAAACCAAACACCCCCUCCGUAGAUAACCUGACCCCCCGCCCCGCAUCCCCCUCGUGCUGUGCUUGCGUGGCCACCCCGGCCCUGGCGUUGUGUAGCGGCUGUGAAAUAAAUACCCCGUGCUGUGUCAA